AUGGAUCAACUCGACUUCCGUGAUACGACCGUACAUACCAGUACUGAUGAAACGAUGGUCGAGGGAGACCCAGCAAUUGGAGACAGAGAUGCUUUCGCCAAAUUCGUCUUAGUUGUCUACGGUGCAAUCUGUUCGGUAGGAAUCACUGGUAACUUACUGGUUGCCGUCGUACUCCUCCGUGUGCCGUCCCUGCGGUCUAACACCAGUGAUUUCCUAGUGCAUCUCUCCGUUGUAGAUUUCAUGGUCUGUGUUUUGGUCAUCCCAUCCUACCUUGUUCCACCCAGAUCCAACUCGACCCCAAACACGGGGUUCUUCGGCGAGUUCUGGUGCCGGUUCUACACGACUAAGUAUAUUUUCUGGGUCUUCACGGUGACUUCUGUCUUUUGUUUGACUACCGUGAGUUUGGAGCGCUACGUUGCCAUCGUCCACCCACAUAAGUACAAGAUGGUGUUCACCAGAAAAAACAAAUACAUCAUGAUUGCAAGUUGUUGGAUUAUGGCAGCCAUAACUAAAUCUGAUAUGCUGGUUCUGUACAAAGAGGAUGAAGUCAAAGGCUGCCACUUUUCGGGUUGGCCAACUACGGGAGCAAAGGCGGCUUACGGCUUGUACAAUUUCAUUCUUCGGUUCUUUUUCCCACUGGCCGUGAUGCUGUAUGCGCAAUUGAAAGUGAUUUCCACUCUUAACAAACAAGUAAAGGAGCUAACUAGUCGAGCUGCCUCUACGGGCGCUAAUCCUCGUGAUCAUCGGCGUGAAAUGUGGCAACUCCGUGCGUCUCAAACCCUGGUGAAAACCCUCCUGGCCUGCGUCAUUACAUUUGCUGUGUGCUGGGCGCCAAACCAGAUCUGGUUCCUGCUCUUCAACUUCGGCGUUGCAAUGGUUUUGGGAUCUGCUGACCAUCGCGUGACCAUCAUUCUAGCUGUGGCUAAUUCCUGUGUGAAUCCAAUAAUUUACACCAUGAUGAACAAGCCGUUCCGCCAAGGGAUACUGCAGAUUUUCUGUAAGCGCCAAGGUUCGAACCAGGUCGGAAGCGUCAAUACCGUUUCGGAGACAGUAUCCUCGCCUUCACGGCAGUUGGGUGACUGA